AUGGAGAACCCAAAUUUCAGUGAUAAAGUCGAAGCCUACUUUUCGGAACUUGGGCGAUGGAAAGUUUGGCGUAAUAUAAUCUUGGGGCAGCUGCUGUCUUUGAUAUUAAGUGGCAAAUGCAUACUUACAACUGUACUUCAAAGUGCAACAUGGCAAUUCCCUACGACCGCCCAACUAGUUAUUCCGUACUUCAUUUUAUUUAUUUUGUUUACACCGUCAUUAUUAUGUACUGAUGUGAAGAAACUAACGAAAAGAUGGUGGGUGCUGAUUAUAGCAUGCACCCUGGAUGUUGAAGCCAGCUGGCUGCUGGUAAUGUCGCAAAGAUUUACAUCAGUGUUGAGC